AUGAGUAUUCUCAUCAUUGAAGCGUUCUAUGGAGGGUCCCAUAAACAGCUGGCGGAUCUGCUCCAAGAAGAGCUAGAAGACUGUGUCCUUUAUACCCUUCCUGCAAAGAAAUGGCACUGGAGAGCCCGGACAUCAGCUCUGUAUUUCUCUCAGAAUGUUCCUAUCAGUGAACGUUACAGGAUCCUCUUUACAAGCUCAGUGCUUAACCUGACUGAACUGGCUGCCCUUCGGCCUGACCUUGGGAAAUUGAAAAAGAUUCUCUACUUCCACGAGAACCAAUUGGUGUACCCUGUCAAGAAAUGUCAGGAGAGAGAUUUCCAAUAUGGAUACAACCAGAUUCUUUCAUGCCUGGUAGCUGACGUGGUGGUAUUCAACUCAAUGUUCAAUAUGGAGUCAUUUCUCACUUCCAUUGGAAAGUUUAUGAAGCUGAUUCCGGAUCACAGACCCAAGGAUCUCGAAAGCAUCAUCAGACCCAAGUGCCAAGUUAUUUACUUUCCCAUUAGAUUUCCUGAUGUGAGAAGAUUCAUGCCCAAGCACAAAACCACCCAUUUCAAGAAGAUGCUCAGCCUUAGACGAAAUGGUGAUGCUGCUCCAUCCAUGGCCCUUCCUUCACCACAGGAGCAAAAAGGUGCUGGAAAUGUAUUGCAGAGCAUUACUUCAGGACUUUGUGAUGCCUUCUCUGGCCUUGAAACAGCACACCAAGAAAGCGUGGGAAGCUCAUUAAUGCAAAUCGCAGACUUGAACUCAUCAGAUAAUUCAAACUCUUCUUAUAAGGAAAAGAAACAAAAUCCAACUCUGGAUUCCAGGAACAUCUUGGAUGGAGUUGAUGAUCAGCAAAGACCAUUGCAUAUUGUCUGGCCUCACAGGUGGGAACAUGAUAAAGACCCAGAGAGUUUCUUUAAGGUAUUAAUGCAUCUAAAGGACCAAGGCCUCACUUUUCAUGUAUCUGUCCUUGGAGAAACCUUCACAGAUGUCCCAGGUAUCUUUUCAGAGUCCAAAAAGGCUUUGGGAUCAUCUGUCAUACACUGGGGCUACUUACCCAACAAAGAUGACUAUUUCAAAGUACUGUGCAUGGCUGAUGUUGUCAUCUCAACAGCUAAGCAUGAAUUCUUUGGAGUGGCAAUGUUGGAAGCUGUAUAUUGUGGUUGUUACCCACUUUGUCCUAAGGAUUUGGUAUAUCCGGAAAUAUUUCCAGCUGAAUAUCUGUAUUCUACACCUGAACAGCUUUCAAAAAGGCUCCGGAAUUUCUGCAAGAGACCAGAUAUUAUAAGAAAACAUCUCUAUAAGGGUGAAAUGACUCCGUUUUCUUGGGCAGCCCUACAUGGUAAAUUCAGGUCUCUGCUUACAACAGAACCUUGGGAAGAUUUGUGACAGAUGGGGCUAAGUCACAAACUUGCAGCCUAAGGCAGAAUCUGUAGAACUUUCCAGAGUGUGCCCAUAUUUACCUGAUCAGAGAGAAAAGAAAAUCUGCAGAGGAAGCUGAGCCUGGCUGCUUGUCAUAGCUGACACAGAGCCAUCUGCCACAAACCUGUGGCGGCUUCAGAUCUCCAAUCCCUGCCACCACCCCAACUCAAAUUAAAUACAGAUUCCUAGAGACGUUAUGAUGGUUACACAUGUCCUCGGCAUCACAUGUAGGAGACUGUUCAAAAAAAAAUAUGUGGCCUGUUGUAUAACCGCACUCAUGUAUCCCAUAUGUGGUGCCACAUUGAAUUUCCGGUUGAAUCUGUUUUUAUCCUUUGUACUGGAUGACAUGGUGCCUGAAUUCUUUCUCUUCGCCGACACGAUGGCAGCCAAACUGCAGCUUCAAACGCUCGCACUUGGCUGGGUUUCUACCUAGGUUGCCAGGUUAUCAUCGGAGCCUUCUUGUGUCCUCAAAGGGCCACAGGGUCUGAAAGGAGGAGCAGAAUGCUACUUGACUAAUUGGGCAGCCAUCUCAGAAUUAUUUGUGCGAAAAAGGCUGCUUUAGCACUUUUCUUUUAGCAAAUUAAUGACUCUCCGGCACAGGGGUUUUUAAGUGAAGGUAUUAAUAAGAGGUCUGGCAGGUAUUCCCAUGAUUCACAGUGUUACAUUUGCAUUUAAUUAAUCUUAAAGAAAGUUGCAAGAUAAACAGCUGUAAUUCGAACAAACAUGGGAAGUACAGUAAGUAGAUCUAUCUCUUCCAUAAAAUGAAUACUGAGGUACUUGCUUUUAUUUUUUUAGGGCUAAAACUAGAGAAAUAAAAAUAUAUCUAACAAUACUAGCUAUUUUGAUAUAAAAUAUUCUUCAAAAUUAUUUGUACCCAGCUACAAAUACAGUCUUUUCAAGAUAAAACACUUAUAAUUCCAAUAGUCACACUGCUGUAUUUGUUGAUGUAAAGAUGUUUUGAACGGUUAGAUUGUAAAAUAAAUUUUUAAUAAAGUACCCAGUGCAAUUUUU